AUGUUGGAUCGAGUGAUUGCAGCUGUCGUCGUGGACAAGGACAACACGGUGAUGGAGGAGCGUGACGUUUUCGAGAAACAGGGCAAGUCGAGAGUGGUCGUUGGCACAGAGUGGAAGGCGAAGCGUCUCGGCGCGAUGAAGAAGGAAGACUUCCUUGCUGAGUUGAUCUUGAGGGGCAUCUCCACCGAGGUCAUUCCUGAGAACAUGCAGCGGGAAGACGCGCACACCGGUCGAGUCGUCAAGGAGGUCGAUCAACUCAAGCGCCGUGUCAAGGCAGCCCGGAAGGCAGCGGAGCAGAGUGCCGAGGCGACGCUACUCAAGAUGCAAAUGAAGGAAGUCAAGAAAAAUGUACAGCGGCGCAAGGGCGCCGAGCUCAGGUAA